UACACGAAACCCUUUCUCAAAACCCUUUACUUUCUUCACUGAUCGAUAGCCAUGAAUCAGAGCAUUGUAGCUCAUCAAGUGCAAGACCAUCGUUACAUAAACUACGACGUUUUCUUCUAUGGUGAUAGUAUCCUAACAACAGUUACUUGGGACCCAGAAAUUGUCACUCAUUGGAUCACAGAUGUAGAAUCUGAUGUGUUUUUCAGAGAUGUGGUUGGACUUGACAUCGAAUGGCGACCCCACUACGGCCAGAUACAAAACCCAGUUGCAACUCUCCAGCUCUGCGUCGGUCGCCGUUGCCUCAUAUUCCAACUCCUUCAGAGUCGCAACCCGAUUCCACAAUCCCUCAUUACCUUUCUGGACACGUAUACCUUUGUUGGUGUUGGAAUCGAGGCUGAUGUGGAAAAGCUGGAGCGAGAUCACGGGGUUAUUGUGAGCUUUUCUGUGGAUUUAAGAGAGUUGGCUUCUACUGCGUAUGAGGCGUUUGGGUUGGGGUAUCAGAUUAGGACAAAUGCUGGGCUAAAAGAGCUGUGCAGUGUUGUUUUAGCGAAGGAGAUGGUGAAGCCUGCUCAUAUAACAAGGAGCAGGUGGGAUAAUCGAUAUCUGAACGAAGAACAAGUGGAAUAUGCUUGUAUUGAUGCUUUUGUUUGUUUUGAGAUUGAGAAACGCUUGAAUGCUUCUGGUUAUGGCGUCAAUUGGCUGUGAGAAUAUACACAAGAGACAAUUUUGCAUUAUAAUUAAGUAAUAGUUAUUAAUCUAUGCACCUUAUCUUUUUAAUUUUAUCUGUAAGUUUAGCUAUUAAGUUGUUUGAAUUUCAGAUUAUAUUUUACCCCCUUAUUUUCGUC